AAAAACUGGUGCCUAAUGAUACUAUAGGGCUGAAUUUAAAGUUAUGUUUGUCUUAAGUUUUGGUUUGGUAAAAAAACUUCAGGUAAGAAUUUAAGAUUUGUCUUUACUUUUGUGUUGCUUUAAAGAUUGGCAGCCCUGUACUUCACACCUGAGUUGCUCACUGUAUUCUAAGUGAGCUUUUGUAAACCUUUGUUGUUAUUAAGAAACAAGGGCAUGUGUCUGCUCCACUUAUCUCUUCUUUUUGACUGUCCACCUAGCUCUGAAUAUGUGUGAGUUGUAAAAGGAGGUUUUGUGACUAAAUCCUUGCAAGCAGACCAUAUGCUAAACAAAAUCUCUUUUUAGGUUCUUAACUUGAACUUUGAAGAUACCUGGAAUUAACGAAAUGCUUAGAAUCGCCUUCAGAAACCAUGUUUCUGGGUCUCACUAUGAAGAGCCUGUGCUCCUGGUGUAGGGACGUGAACCAUGUAUAAAUAAUCAAGGCUUUUCUCUAUGCAUAGUCUCAAGAUGGUCCUUUUACAGCUGUAUAGGAGCUGCUUAACACUGAAUUUUCCUCUUCUAUACAAAAAGAGAGCUGAAGAAGAGAUGCUCAGCUGUUGGUGACCCCCAGGAUAGCAAACAGUCAGAGACGUUAAUUUGUUUGUACACUAAUUGCCAGGUUCAGCCCAUAGCCCUUUUUUUUCCCAUGUAUUGGGAAACCUGCAGACGUUGCUGACUGUACUGAGGAGAUGCCUGCCUGUGGUUUUAAUCAGAAAUGCAGCAACCUCUCACACUUAAACCUUGGAAAGAGCCCUCCAGUUCCAAAGGAUGUCCUGGUUUUGAUGCAUUGAUAUAUCUGAUGAGAAGCGGGAGGUAAAGUUCACACUGCUCCUGAUGCCGUAUCAGUGGAAUUUCAGUGCCAGGCCUCUUCUUUCAGGUAUACUGUGUCCUGCUUGGUUGCUGGUUGCUCCCAGAGAUGCUUUUGUUCUUUUAAAAUUUAGCAGUAUUUUAAUGAGAUGUUCAUAUGCGUGACUUGAAAAGAAAGCCCUCAGAAAUCUGUACCUCCUGAGUUUGCACAGAGUUGGAGUCUAGGGUGCUGUGGGCAGAGGUGCGUGGGGUGUGUUGCAGACAUCCUCUUCUGAAAAGGAUGUGGGAAAUGUCUCUUACUUCGUAGAAACAUAGAAUACCAACUUGGAAGGGACCUCAAGGAUCAUGUGGUCCAACCUUUCUUGGCAAAAGCACAAGUCUAGACAAGGUGGCCCAGCACCCUGUCCAGCUCUUCAGUGUCCAGAAGUGUUCUGGAGGUCUCUGGAGUACUUGCUUCAUUAGUGCAUCUUCAGCGAGCCUUUGUCUUUGCAUGUUUUUUGAGAAGUUAUUGAUGAACAAGAGGUUGACAUAAUAGGCCUAAGAUGUUAAGAACUACUUUAAAGCAGGCAGAAAAGAUGGGAUAAGCACAAGCUGACUGUGCCUUAUAUCUUUCCUUAAUGAUGUUAAAAAGAUUGCCUCAGAACAUUGAUUUAACCAUUUUGCAGACCACAAAUGCUACUUACUAGUUUCCAAGGCAUAACUAGAAGCAUGGAUUAAGUUAUACAGUGGAAUUAUUGGUAGGUAAGUACAUAUGGUACAGUGGAGGCCGUGUUAAAGUCUAACCUUCUGUGUUUCCUUGAUGAAAUAUAACCUUAAACUUCAUAGUGUUUCUAGAAGGAGUUUAUUUUACGUUUCCUGUGUUUGUGAGACAAAAGGUGGAUUUUUGUGUGGUUAAUGUUAAAUACUUAGGGUUGAUGUGGAAAUAUUCCUCCUUCAUAUGAAGCAAAUGGAACAGAUGACACAGUUUCUUCUUUUACUGUGAUGGGGUUUUUUGGUAGCCAUUUGAUAAGCAGUGAGACUCCACUGGUUGCACAAAUUCUGAGACUAAAGAAAGAUUUUUUUUUUCUCCAGAAAAAACACAGCUGUCACUAAAAGCACUAAAAAUUAAAGGUGCUUUCAUUUUUGCUUUGCACCUUUCUGGUAAAGAUAGCUUCUGUUGGAUGGAAAGCUGUUUACAAUCCUUUCACUCCCAGUUUGUUUUCUGUAGCAGCAAGUUCUUUACAGUUUAAAUAGCAUGACUGCAGUCAGAGGAUUUUAAGGUUGGCUGAAUGAAGAUGUCUUCUGAAUAGAUUAGGAAGAAAAGUAAAAUAAAACUUGAAUUUAGAAAGUUUUUCCUCUUAUUUUUUUCCUUAUUAUCAUUCCAAGUUACAGUAUUCCAUGGCUAAAAAGUACCAUUCAAGAGACUUAACAGUAUUUUCAGAGGUAUUCAGUUGGCGGUCCAUUUUUCAUGUGUAUGCACAGAAGUGUCUCUGAGGGCAAGAGGAGAAAAGCCUUGGUGGUAUGUUCAGGAUGUGAUUUUGCGGAUUGCUUAAAAGUAAAUAUAAAAUCUUACAGAGAUGCCAAAGAAGGUUUAAGCCAAUGAUGGCUGGUAAAUUCAGUCAGCAUCUAGUGUUGCUUGUCCUGUUUUGGUGCUCCAGCAUGUUUUAGGUUCUGUAGCCCAGCUUUCUUACCCUCACAUGGUUUUUGUAAUGCUCAUAAUAGAAUUGAUAGCGUGGAGCGAUAUACAGUGAACAAUAUUUGAAAGUCUCCUGCUUAAUGGUAAGAUACUCCUUUUCUUUCCCUUGUUCUCUAAGAUACCUGUUCAUAGGUGGAUUGUACCCUGUUAGGGGCUUCCUCUGUCACUGUUUGUCGUCUCUUCACUGAUCCCCUUCACCCUCCCAAGCUGGCGGGAGCACAUGGAACGGCGGCGGAGGUUUGAGUUCGAUUUCCGGGAACGAGACGACGAACGGGGUUAUCGACGAGUGCGGUGUGGGAGCGGCAGCAUGGAUGACGACAGGGAUAGUCUCCCUGAGUGGUGCUUAGAAGACGCAGAAGAAGAAAUGGGAACAUUUGACUCCUCUGGAGCGUUUCUCUCUUUAAAGAAGGUGCAGAAGGAGCCAAUCCCUGAGGAACAGGAGAUGGACUUCCGACCUGUGGAGGAAGGGGAAGAAAGAUCCGACUCUGAAGGGAGCCACAAUGAAGAAGCCAAAGAUCAUGAGAAGACCACCAAGAAAGAGGGGGAGAAAACAGGUAGAGUAGUGGCAGAAGCGGUGGAAGAAGCAGUCCAAGCAUCUUCACCGGCUGCUAGGUCAGAUACCCCACCAAAAUCGCAGCCUCCAGACCUGCUACAGACGAGUCUUUUUGAAAGAAAGGAAGAGUCUGUUCCAGAAAGAACAGAGAAAACAGAGGAUAAAGAGAAUCGAAUGGAGAAUACACCGCCAGCCAAAAUGUCCAACAGAGGGGAAGAUUUGGCUUCAGUUGCUCAACCUUUGCCACAGAUUUCUGCAGACACAGCUUCUCCUGCUCAUCUUUCUCCUCCUGUUUCCAAUUCAAAUCCUGCUUUGCGGCCAGUUCAGACACCUGUCACAGCUGCUCCAGGCAUGGGCAACAUUCCCACUGACCCAGAUGAUGAAGAGGGCCUCAAACACCUAGAGCAGCAAGCAGAGAAGAUGGUGGCAUACCUGCAAGACAGUGCCCUUGAUGAUGAAAGACUAGCAGCAAAAAUUCAAGAGCACAGAGCAAAGGGUUCCUCUAUGCCAUUGUUCCAUGAAGCCAUGCAGAAGUGGUACUACAAAGAUCCACAAGGAGAAAUUCAGGGUCCUUUCAGUAAUCAGGAGAUGGCAGAGUGGUUCCAGGCUGGAUACUUCACUAUGUCACUGUUGGUUAAGAGAGCCUGUGAUGAGACUUUCCAGCCACUUGGAGACAUCAUGAAGAUGUGGGGCAGGGUUCCCUUCACUCCAGGUCCAGCACCACUUCCACAUCUGGGUGAGCUGGACCAAGAGCGGCUGACUAGACAACAAGAGUUGGCCCUGAUCCAAAUGCAGCACCUCCAGUAUCAGCAUCUUUUAAUACAACAACAAUAUGCACAGGUGCUAGCUCAGCAGCAAAAGGCAGCCCUCUCAUCCCAGCAGCAGCAGCAGCUCGCUAUUCUCUUGCAACAGUUCCAGGCCUUGAAGAUGAGAAUAUCUGAACAGAACAUGAUGCCCCCUGUUACAAGGUCUGUGUCAGUGCCGGACACUGGCUCAAUAUGGGAACUUCAGUCAGCUUCACAACCUACAGUUUGGGAAGGAAGCAGUGUCUGGGAUCUCCCCAUUGAUACUGCAGCUCAGGGACCAGCUCUAGAACAACUUCAGCAGCUCGAGAAGGCCAAAGCUGCAAAGCUAGAGCAAGAGAGGAGAGAAGUGGAAAUGAGGGCCAAACGAGAGGAAGAGGAGAGGAAAAGGCAGGAGGAGCUUCGGAGGCAACAAGAAGAGCUACUUAGGAGGCAGCAGGAAGAUGAGAGGAAACGACGGGAAGAAGAAGAACUGGCCCGCAGGAAGCAAGAGAUGACAGUGAGAGCUGAGAGGGGUGAAGCAGUAGACUUAAUCUGCCUGGACUUCAGGAAGGCUUUUGAUGUAAUACUGCAUAAAAGACUAGUAUAUAAGGAGGAAGCCCUGAGGCGACAACGGGAGCAGGAAAUUGCACUAAGGCGGCAGCGGGAAGAAGAGGAGAGGCAACAACAGGAGGAAGCACUUAGAAGACUGGAAGAGAGAAGAAGAGAAGAGGAAGAAAGACGGCAGCGAGAGGAGUUAAUUCGUAAACAGGAAGAGGAGGCUGCCAAGUGGGCACGUGAAGAGGAGGAAGCUCAGCGGCGACUUGAAGAAAGUCGGCUACGCAUGGAAGAGGAGGCAGCCAGACAGCGGCUUGAAGAAGAAGAGCGAAAGCGCAAGGAGCUGGAACUCCAGCGCCAGAAAGAAAUAAUGAGACAGAGGCAGCAGCAGCAGGAGGCUUUACGACGGCUGCAACAGCAGCAGCAACAGCAGCAACUUGCACAAAUGAAGCUCCCUUCAUCUUCAACAUGGGGUCAGCAAUCAAAUUCAGGAGCUUGUCAGUCCCAGACCACACUGUCAUUGGCAGAAAUACAGAAGUUAGAAGAAGAACGAGAACGGCAGCUUCGAGAAGAGCAAAGGCGUCAGCAGCGUGAACUAAUGAAGGCCCUCCAGCAACAGCAGCAGCAACAGCAGCAGAAAUUGUCGGGCUGGGGUAAUGUCACCAAACCAACAGGCACCACCAAGUCCCUGCUGGAGAUACAGCAGGAGGAGGCACGGCAGAUGCAGAAACAGCAGCAACAGCAGCACCAGCAGCCGAACAGAGUCAGAAAUACUACGCACUCUAACCUGCACACCAGCAUUGGGAAUUCAGUGUGGGGCUCCCUAAACACUAAUCCCAGCAACCAAUGGGCAUCUGACCUAGUCAGUAGCAUCUGGAGUAAUGCUGAUACCAAAAACUCAAACAUGGGUUUCUGGGAUGAUGCAGUGAAGGAAGUGGGACCUCGUAACUCGACCAAUAAAAACAAAAGCAAUGCCAGCCUCAGUAAAUCUGUUGGUAUUACAAGUAGACAAAACAAGAAGGUGGAAGAAGAGGAGAAGCUGUUGAAAUUGUUCCAGGGGGUUAAUAAAGCCCAGGAUGGAUUCACUCAGUGGUGUGAACAGAUGCUUCAUGCACUCAACACAGCCAACAACUUGGAUGUUCCCACGUUUGUUUCUUUCCUGAAGGAAGUGGAGUCUCCCUAUGAGGUCCAUGAUUACAUCAGAGCCUAUCUUGGAGAUACUCCUGAGGCCAAGGAGUUUGCCAAGCAGUUUCUUGAGCGCCGUGCCAAACAGAAAGCCAGUCAGCAGCGGCAACAGCAGCAGCAACAGGAUUCAGUGUGGGGAAUGAACCACAGUUCGCUACAUUCGGUCUUUCAGACCAAUCAGAGCAACAACCAGCAAUCCAAUUUUGAGGCUGUGCAGAGUGGCAAGAAAAAGAAGAAACAGAAGAUGGUUCGUGCAGAUCCCAGCUUGCUAGGGUUUUCAGUGAAUGCCUCAUCAGAGCGGCUCAAUAUGGGAGAAAUAGAGACUUUGGAAGACUACUGAGCAUGUGCAAAUCAACUGGCUUUUCCUGCAUCUGUUAACCAUGGAUUCUCCGUUUUGGACACAGUGCUCUCCACCAUGCGUUCUUCUUCGCCUUGCAGUGAAUCACAGAAUUGAUCAUCUCAGGCUGCUUCCUCCAGCCCCAGCAAACCCCUUCUGCCCAGGACUGCACAGGCAUUGUUCCUACUGUCAGCCUAGAGUCAAGUGGACUUUGUUCAGAGUCCUGGGAGGGUGGGAGAUAGGAUUCAUUCACAACAAGGCUGAUUUGGGCAGCAAGCUUUCACUGUGCUGUGAUGUCUUCUGCUGACAUACCUGGAAAAAAAAAAAUCAAUUGGGAUUCUGCAAACCAUUGCUUCCCUCUCCUGGUUACUCUUACCACAUCCAACAUGUGCAGUCAUGGAGAGAGAGAGAGAGAGUUUGUGGUUAACAGAUGUUGGUCAAAACCAAAAUGCCACACAGAUACUGACUUCCGCGCUCCAUCAGGGCAAGAGGUGCUCUCCCAAGCCAGGAGUUGCAUUCAUAAGCUAACCUUAGAACUGGCAACAGCAGGAGAGGGGCGGUGGCGGGCGCAGUUUAGCUUGGGUUGGUUUGAAGUUGCACACCCCCUGCCAGCCCUUCUCAGCACAUUAUUUUUGGAGGGAAAGCUCGAGUCUGUCUUCAUUAGGUGGUGAUGCUGAAGCUGGUGGAGUUCCCUGUCGGCAUACUCCAGCCUUCCUGGACAAGUGGGGACUUCUGCUUUGGGGAAGAAAGAGGGGUGGCAUCUCUUCUUUCAGGUUGAAUUUAUCCCUUAAAUGCUACCUUCAGAGGGUUAGGACCAGUUUAUUUUGAGCUCUUUUCCUGCAAAUUUGUCUCGUUUAAGAGGCAGUAGGAUCUUUACUGUGUGGAUCUUUAGUCUUUGGUGAGGGUGAACACUGGCUUUCGGAUAUAUACCCCAGCAGUCUUUAGCUAGUUGUUAUUUCAAGCCGUGCUUAGGUUAAUGAGCAGAGAUGCCCUUUUGUCACGAAGAGAGACUGUGGAGGGCGAAGCUAUGUGCAAUGACGGCCCUGCUUAUCUCCUACACCUUAAACUAUUUCAUGCACCUUCACUGGGAUCCAUAAUCUUUAAGUAUUUAUGGAAUCGUAACCUUCGUCUCUCACGGAAAGAUUAACACCACCUUCCCUUCUCCACCCGCUCACAUGCACACACCACGAAAGAAAGGAAAUGAAAACUGCCAAACGCACUUAGUUUCAAGCCCCUGGUCCCAUCUCCCAUGCCCAGAGGGUUAUAACCUGUGAAGGGAGAGACGCUACAGUUCUGGUGGAGUUGUAUAAAGGUGUCUGUUGUUCUGUCAUCACUGCCUAAAGAAAACAGUUCGAGUUGCUCAAGAGGAGUUUGGCUUUGGAUUUUAUUUCGUUUGGUUUAUUCAUUUUUUGGGGUCACCUUCCCCUCCUCCUCCUCCUCUUCCUCUCUCUUCCCCCUGCCCCCAAACAUGUACAGUAACUAUACAGAGACUGCUGCAGACUUGUAUAUAGUUUUUGGAUCCAAUAGCAUGGAGAGACUUGGAACUGUUGCAAAUCUGGUCUCCCUGUCUCCUUUGCUUUGUAAAUUCAUAAAAGGGGGAAGAGGGGUAGUUAAAAUGUUUACAAAACUUUAAACUCCCUCUGAACUUUUGCCAGUGUGGGGGGGGGGGGGGAAGAGAGAACUUAAAUAAAACCUGGUUGUAUUAUAUCUGAGA